CCCUUCCUCCCCGCCGUUGUCGUCGCCGUCGUGCACGCCCUUGUCACGCAUCGCCGUCGUCCUUGUCGACGCUGCAAACAAAGGCGACGACACUCACUUUCCUUCCUUCGCCGCCUUCGGCUCCCCCCGUGAUCGUUCCUCAAGUUCAUCGUAUCAAUCUUCCCUUCAGUUUCCACUCCUCCGUGUUCUCUUUUCCCCGCUAUCGUCCUUAGAGUCAUUGUAUCUACCUUCGACCUGGCCUCGCAAUGGCCUCACACCCUGUUCUCGAUUCGCCGUGGCCAGCAGCAACACCACCACCGCUACCGAAUGCCGCUCGGUCACCCGUUGACGUAGCAGAGGGAUCAUCCGCUUGGAAACGUCAGGCUGUUUCUGAGUCUGACGAAGUUGCCGCCGCUCGCACGCAGUGUACGAACAGCGUCCCCAACGACCAGUGGACAUGCUUUCCCGAUGAUAGUUCUGUCGUUCUUCAGCACCAGUAUGCUGCCGUCGUCUGGAACAACCGACUACCUCAGCUCACCAACUUCGAAUACUUGGACACCGUCAAUGUGUACCUCUACAACAGUGGCGAGACUGUGAUUGCGUCCUCCACCAGCGUGGCAAAUCCAACUAACACUGCCGGCGUGGCUACUUUCCUUGUUGAUGACACCUGGUUUGGUUCGAGAGGGUCUUCGUGGACACCAACCGGUGGAAACGUCUCGUAUUACUAUUAUUUCGUUGUUACGGGACCCAACGGGUUGGAUGGUACUCAGCACACGAAUCCUACCUUCCAAGCUCUUCAAACAACGUAUGCCGACUCGGUCAUAUCAUCUAUGGAGGCAACAUCGACCGGUCUCCAGUCGUCGAUCUCGACAGCAUCUGUCGCGUCAAUAUCUUCGUUGUCAGUUCUCUCGACGGCAAGCAUAGCUAGCCUUAGCUCCAUUGGAUCCCUACCUCCAGGUGUUUCGGGUCCAUCGGGCACCGGCAACGUCCAAUCAAACAAUGGGGGGAGUCGCUUCCCUGCUUGGGCGAUUGCUGUGAUCGUGGUCUUGGGUUUCCUUGCCCUUCUUGUUGGUGGCAUCCUCGUCUGGCUGGUUUCAAGACGAAUGCGCAAACGGAAUCGGUCGCCACGGAGCUCGAUUGGUUCGUCGACGCCGAUGAUGGCAAAUGUGGAUAACCAGCAUUCACCGCAGUCUCCUUUAUUGGCAGCCGGGGCAGGUGGGGCGGCCAUGACGCAAGGUCGCGCUUCCUCAGAACAGCACCGCGCUCCAUCAGUUGUCUCACCAGAUGGUGCAUCCGUCACAUCGCACGCGAAUUCCGCUGGCGACGGUCCCUUUUCAGGAGCGGAUGCAGCAAUUAUGGCCGACGCGUUCCGAAAAGCCCUCCGAAAACCGGAUUUUGCUGGGCACCCUGUUGAAGAAGGCGAGAGUCCCGAUGCCCAGGAGGAUCGAAGCGAGGACGAUAUUAUGAACCGGGAAUUGGCUGAAGAAGGUCGAGACAUUCGGAGUGUCGGAUCAUCAAGAGGAGUCAGAGUGGAAACGCUGAGCGAUGCUGGCGAUACAACUACGGAACACCACUAGUCACCGGUUCCCUUGUGCGCAUCCGUUUCCUUCUACAUUAUUUGUAUACUGGUCCUCAUCGUUGGUCAUUAUCACUCCGGAUACCUUUAUCUAUUACUACUCAUCCCACCCAGGUUCUUCAACCACCUUUCCAUCCGUUGCUUUCUCACUAUCUUUCGCACCCGCUUUUCUGACGUCUUUUUUUGUUACCAGUCCACACUCUUAUACCUUUUUGCGCGGGUGCUUAUCGUUACACCAAGCCUGGCCUCUUCAUACCGUUUUUGGCGGACCCUGGUUAAUCCCAGAUCCCGCUUUUCUGUGCUCAGUUGGACCUUUACUCUCUUCUAUUACUUGAUCCUCACUCUCAAACUUGGUGUCGCAGCAAAUGGGCCCUUCUUUCUACUUCUACCUAUGUCAACCCCCGUAGUUCGAUACGCGCCAGGACAUCUCCCUAUUCCCCUCCCAUCGAUCACCCCCUCCAGCCACACUUCGCUUCGUCCUUUCGUCCAGCCCAUGCUCGCACCUCCCACGCUCCUUACCUUAUCCUAUGUAUACGGAUCUGCCAGGCGAGAGGCCAAGGCGCGAUUCAGAACACUAUUAAAGUAGUACGCCGCUACUCGCCCGGAUACCGUAUGAAGAAGAGCCCUCGCCUCUAAUACACCCGUCAUCCAUCAAUCGUCACGAAUGGCAGCAGUGCGCUGUUCGCGUUCCCAGGACUCUUGUUCUCGAUAAUUUAGCAGUGCGAAAGCAUUGUCUUUUCUGUUUGUAGCGUUGACUUGCAUAUGUCACAUAGGCUUCCCAUUACUACUGUAAGGACUCGUAUUGGACUG